CAUAGCCAUUGCCUCCGAGUUUCCACUCUCUCUUCGCGAAGUGCAUUUCUACGAAGAGGGUCAGCUUGUACCCGAAGUAGUCCAGCAUUCUGCGACUGACAAUGUAACACUAGUACUUUCUGUCUAUUCCUGUUGCUAAGAAGUGAUGGCAUUUGCAUGUCCCGCGGUUGUAAAAAUAAAAAACCUCUGAGUCGUCGUCGUUGACCACGCGAUGUCUACUGCGUUGUGUAGUUAUCUCGUACAUGUUCAAAUACUUCGUGACGAGAAUCAGUAGUAAAUGUUGCUGGGUUUUGUUAUUAUUUCAUUCCAGGGCUUUUUCGAUGCCGGCAUGCGCAGUAGCGGAGAGCUUGCAGGGUUGAAGUACUAUCCUUCUUUUGCGCUGAAAAAAGUAAGCGCGAUGUCGGGUCAGCAUGCAUUAGCUGAAGAGAUCGGGCGGUUAAACGCGUCCUACGAUAAUAUCGCAGCCACGGUGAAGCACCUGGAAGCACGAGCACACGCUUUUCAAGACGAGCUUCUUGAAAAGUCGUUGGAUUCGAUGGCAACGGCUAAGCCUAUCCCAUUGGCAGAAAACUUUAUGGCCCAAACCCGUUCCAGCACAAAAGAGAUGUGAAGAAACUAGAUCAUCAGUACACUAGAGUCGACGCAUGUUGGUGGUCUCAUUUUUGUGUUUUUUAGAAAGGAAACGCCGGGUACUUUCACUGCACUUGCGUUGUUUGUAGUUUGCCUUUUAACAGUUGAUUGGUCAUUCUUCUCCCUUCAUGCAAGACACGCAGAUGAACCUUGGUUCCCGCACGAGUCCGAAUAUUUUGACUCUAGGGAAAAUUCAAUCGCAUCGACAGGACCUGAUGCAGGAUCAGCUGAAUUUCGAGGACUUGAAAGAAGCCUACGCUGUUGCGCAAAAGGAGCUCGGGACACUUGAGGAGGACAAUAUUGGAGGCGUUGACGGUCCUGGGCCCCAGAUGACCAUGUCUUCAACAGAAGCGGUUCAGGCUUUACAAAGAGAGGGCCUACCACCUGCGGUUUCAAACGGCAACGCGCCUGGGGAUUCCGCGACGACAACGCUUACAGAAAGCGCCACACUCAGUGUACAACCGAAAGGUAACAACUUAGACGCGAAGAUGACAGCAAUUCCAAUGAAG